CUGGCGCGCAUGUUCCGGUUUUCCGUAUGUAAGGAGAUGCAUGGCGCUGAAUGUAGAGGCCGCGUGUUCAGAUGUCUCCCGGGUGCUCCUUUCUGCGGGAAGUGGAGGAGGUAUUCAUGAGACACUGUUGCUCAGUUCAAAGCAUGCAAAAAAGAAAGCCACGAGCUUACAGACAGUCAGGCUACCGAGGAGCAACCUUUUGGAUCAGGUGCAGAACUUUCUACCACAGAUGGCCAAUGCAAAUGACAAGCUAAGAAGAGAAAUGGAAAGAACUCCUGUCCAAGAGUUUGAUAUUGAACAUGUAGAUGCUUCGGUUGAAAACUUCAUUGAAAUGAACGUGGCUUUGGUUGAAUUGAAUGGCUCUGAUACAGAGGAAGAGGAUUCGGCCUCAGAAGAUGACUCUGAAUGCGAGGACAGUUCAAUUUGCGAAGAAGUGACUGUAGACAACAUUAAGCUUCCUAAACUGAAAGGAGAAGGCAGAAUAGAAGUCUUGGGCAGUAAAAGUAAUGAGUAGAUGGUUGCCAUUCCAGAUUGUCACUUCGGUUGUAAGCCAUGUAUGCUAACUUUUUAAAUGUGUUUUUGAAAAGCUAGUUGGUUUCCAGUUGUGCUGCCUAAAGUCUAUAUUGCUGUCUGCAGCCCACAUUGCUGAGAGGCAAGAAAGAUCACUUUGCUGGUACAGCCCCAGGAUAAAAAAGAUUAAAGAGGAUGCUCAGGAGCACUGUAUGGAGGAGAGGGAGAGAAAGCAUGGAAUCAAAGAGAAAGGAAAUGCCUGUCAAGCCAAGUAAAGAGUACCUGUAUUUUAAAUUGAAUUGAUAUUUUGUGAUAGGACCAAUGAUUAGUUUAUGGUUGCUCAGUGGAAGCCACUGGAAAUGCUUCUAUCAUGUGAAGGAACAAUGGAUUGUUCAAGUUAUUGGAGAGUCUCAUCUAGCUGCUGCCGUGAAUGUGUAAUUUGCAAAUCGGGGUGACCUGUGUGAUGAGUGGCUCUUGCAUGUUACUGUCUAGCAGCGUCAACAUGAUAACUGUAACCUAAGAGCUGAUGAGGGAGAGAGAAUUGCAUUGGCUUCAAAGGGGAGGUUGUGGGUAAAUAGUAGGUGCUGGGGAGGUCAAGACACUUUUUGUAUUUAUGGGGAAAUUUGAGGGAAGCUGUUGAAAGGCCUGUAAGCUAUUUUUCUGAUCCCAAACCUGUAUGUAUAAAUGCUCAGAUUAAUGACAAACUGUCUAGCUGUAUAAUUGAAGCUUCAUCAAAAUUCUGCAGGAUGGCUGAUGGUUUGCACAUUAUCUACUCCAGCAGUCCUGUUAUGCAUUUGAAAUUAUAAUGUCUCAUGUUCUCAUAAAGAUUAUCUGUUAAAGAACAAACAA